AGAUCUGUGCCUAUUCAAACAUACCUUUUAAAUAAUUCUUUGUAAGUGCAUAUUCACAGUAGGUAUAUUUGACAACAUCAUUAAAGGAACAUGUCUGACAUUCGUAAAUCCAAGAGGAAGAAAGCGACAGAAUCACGGCGCAAAAGAAAAAGCACGCAGAGCAGCACACAGAACGACGAUAUUAUUUCAUGGGAUGAAUAUUUCAUGGGUAUUGCUUUUCUGUCAGCGAAAAGGAGCAAAUAUGAAGUUCGAAAGGUUGGUGCGUGUAUAGUCAACGAUGAAAACAGAAUUGUUUCAACUGGAUAUAAUGGUUAUGUUGAUCCACUGAAAAAUGAUGAAGAACAAACAACUUCAAAUGUCAAAAUUCGUCGUACAUCGAAAAUACAUGGAAAAAAGAACAACGAUGAUAUAUUUGAAGGAGAGGAAAAACGUCUAUCUGUUUGUCAUGCUGAAAUGAAUGCUGUUAUAAAUAGACACGGCACCAGUUUAAAAGGCUGCACGGCCUACGUUACGUUCUUUCCUUGUAAUGAAUGCGCCAAACUGCUUGCCCAGUCACGGAUAAGUAAAGUUAUUUAUUACGCCAAUGACAAAGCUGACAGCGAAAAAUACACUAUCUCGAGAAAAAUACUGGACUUUGCAGGCAUACCAUACCGAAGCUACAUAGAAGAAGGAAAAGAUCCAGCUCUAGGUAGAAAUGAAAUCACACUGAAGUUUGAAGAAAUUGCUUUUCCCAAAAGUCCUAAAAAACGAAAGGAACGUCCAAAACUAAAUUAAAGAAAAACGACUUGAAAUAGUGUUGUAUGUAAAAAGACUAUAACCAUCUCAAAUCAAUCGGUUCUAUUCUGAUACAUUUUAACACAUUUUUUAAUUUUUUUUUUCAAAUUGUUCCAAUUGUUUGCUCUGUUUAACUGCAAACCAAUAGAUAUUUUUUUUAGACAAGACCAAAAAUAUCUCAAAGAGUUCUUU